AUGAAUGUUGGAGAGCAAGAACUUGAUAUCCUAUUGGCUUCAAUGAACCCUACUAUUCAUCCCGACACAUUUGUCUUUCUUACACUACCUAAGUCGGAGAAGGCUGCUCCUCCAUCUUUGCAGCCACAAGUGAUGGUGUUCCAAGAAGCAGAAGGCUUGACGGUCAUUACCUCCAAACUGGCUGCAGAAGAAAUGGGGUUAGAUUACGCAUUUCCGUGUCGUAUGAUAACUUUAAAUAUCCAUUCCAGUCUCGAUGCCGUGGGGUUCUUGGCUCGCAUUCUUGACACAUUAAAAAAUUUGGGUAUUGGAGUAAACCCUGUCAGUGGAUUCUUCCAUGAUCAUCUAUUUGUUCCUAUCAGUAAGGAAAAGCUAGUAUUGAAGGCAUUGGGAGAUAUGUCUCAAGAGGCAAAUCAACUGUAG